CUUGGUUCCAAGUAGUUUCUGUCACUCAAGAAACAGAGGUGGCCUUGUAGGCUUCUCACCGAAGACAUUAGUCCAGUGACAGGGCUUGACGUAUUCAGCACUUCACCAUGAUAAUUUCCCUCUUUGUGAUGUGGAUCCUGAGUGUUAUGUCCAUGGCCUUGUCAAACUCGAUCGUUGAUGAGCAAUGGAAAAUUUGGAAGCAGGCAUAUGGAAAAAGCUACCGUGAUGUGGAAGAAGAUCGAGCCAGGAGAGAAAUUUGGCUGGAAAACUUGGAGAAGAUUGCAGCUCACAAUGCUCAAUAUCAUCAAGGAAAUUCCACUUAUGAAAUGGCCAUGAAUGAAUUUGGAGACUUGACGUCAACGGAGUUUGUAGAAUUGUUCACUGAUUCAGCAAUGUAUGAAAUGGCAAAUUACACAGAUGAUGCACUAUCAGAUAUUGAGCUGGAAGAACUGGAAGAAAUAGAGGAAGUCAGCCGUAUUCCCAAAGAAGUGGACUGGCGUCAAAUGGGCUAUGUUAGGGAUGUAAAGAACCAGGGUUCAUGUUUAUCGUGCUAUGCAUUUGCUGCCGCUGGAGCUCUGGAAGGUCAGCUGGCCAAGAAAAGGAACCAGUAUGUGGAUCUGAGUGUGCAAAACAUCAUUGACUGUUCCAAUGAGUUUAAGAAUUAUGGGUGCAAUGGAGGUUUACCGUAUCGUGCCUUUAAAUACAUUAAGAAAUACGGCAUUGAAACUGAUCAGUCAUACCCCUACCAAGCAAAGCGAAAUGAUCGGUGCUUUUUUAAUAGCUUUAAGAGUGUCACCACAAUUAAAGAAUUCAAAAGGAUAAAGAACAUUGGAGAGAAAAAAUUAGCUGCAUUAGUGGCACGUGUCGGACCAGUUUCUGUACUUGUUUAUUCCUCACUUAAUUCCUGGAGAUUUUACAAGUCAGGUAUCUUUGAUGAUGUUGACUGCAAUAAGAGAGUUGACCAUGCAGUGGUCUUGGUUGGCUAUGUGGGUGUAUCUUCAAGAGGCUACUGGAUCAUUAAAAACAGCUGGGGAAAAUCCUGGGGCGAGGAAGGAUACAUGCGCAUGAUUAAAGGCAAAAAUAUGUGUGGAAUUAAAUAUUGUGUUUCCUAUCCCACAAUCUGAAGACUUUUGACUUCUGCAACAAAAAUCACUCAGAAGAAAUUAGUUUAGAAAACAUCCUGUAUUUAGUAACUACUUUAUAUGAAUCAUAUUAUAACAGAGCUGUGUACAGUAUUUGUUGAGCAAACAUGUAAUUAGGACUAUUUACUCUAGAGGGAGCCAGACUUGUCUUUAAGUGCAUUUUGAAAGCUUUCUUGGCAAUGAUUAGCAUUUACUUUGUUGUGGUGCUAUUUUGUUUCAGAGGUGAAACUCAUAAUCAGCAAAAUAAAAAUAGAAUUAAUCUGA